AUGUCGGCUUCCGCUUCAAAGGUCGACAUCGACGGCGCCAUCCGCCACUUGCUCGACGAGCAGGCCGCCAUUCAGUCGAGGCUAGCCGUCCUCGUCGCUGCCCAACAUGGCCUCGAUCUGCCCCUGGAGCUCGACAUGCUGCGCCACAAACUCCGCGUCGUCAAGGCCCUCGUCGAUCAGCACGGCCUGGCGCCCCAUAUCCCUGUCCUGUCCCAGAUGGAAGAGGCCCGCGCACUCCAGUAUCACUGUGAGUGCCUCGAGGCGGCUUGUCUACAGCACCAGUUGGAUGCUGUCGAGUCCAUGAGGCGCUCGUCGGCCGAUGCCCCGCAGGGCUUUGCGCCGUGGCUCGACAAGCAUCUUGAGCGAUGCGACCCCUUGAAUCGCGUCAGGCACAUGCUGGGAGACCGCCCCGACACUCCAAACUUGUCUUCCUUGCCCUCUGUCAAGUGCUGGGACGAGCACUGCAUCCACUUCAUCUACGGCUUCCCCUCACGGCUGCAGCGAGACAAUCACGCUCAGGUGCACAGGGAUUCUGCUCUCUCCAUGGGGAGCUCGCCUCCCCCACCGCUGUCCGAGCAUCCAUCAUUCCGCGUCGUUGAAGGCUUCGAACCGCCGAGUCAGGCGGGCACGGGCCCGCAGCACACGCGACACGCCGUCCCCGUCAACCUGCCACCCCUGAGCCUGCCCGCUCAGUCAAGGGAAAGCGAGAACCCGCCCCGGAAAAGCGCUUCCGACGAUACUCGUCGAGGGACCCGCCGGAGCUCUGCAGGCUCAGACGCCGAACCUCACCUGCCCCCGUUGAAGAAGGCUCGGCUCGGCCAGCCUCGUCUAGAGUCCAUAGGAGAGUUGCGCCUAGUGCGAGACAAGGGGCCGUGUUUACGCUGCAGGGCAGCCCGCAAAGAGUGCGACGAGAGCCAGCCCUGCACGCACUGCGCAGGCAACCCCCCGUCCGGUCAAGAAGAAUUUUGGGCACAUGUGGGCUGUUGCCGGGAUCCCAUCACUUCCUUUGCCAACGUCUUCCUCCCUGGGCCGCUCUCGCCGAGACAAACGCGUACUCCCAUCACGUCGCCUACUGCACAACGGCGGGCUGUCAACGAAUACAUGCUGACAAGCUGCUCCUUUCCGGCCUACGCAAAGGAUACGGUCACGACCACACUGGACUUUGCAGACGGCUUUUGGUGGUCGGCGCAACUCGAUUCGAGGUAUGCGGCCAGCGACGGCACGACGGGCUUCAACCAAGACGCGUCUGGUCAUGCCCCUCCCGUGUUGCUAGCCCUAGCUAGCAGCUGGCAAGCCCAGGAGGGUUCUCACGAUCCGUUCCAGCUCCUCAAAGUCAGUGGCGGACUGUCGGGGUCCCGUGACGAAGAGGAGACGGCAUACCCAGUACUGCACAAUGCCAAGCUGCUUUUGCGCGAGACGGUCGUCUUUGGUAUCCUGCAGCCAGAUCCGGCCAUACGGCUUGGGUCGGCAUAUUCGCGCCAGCCGCCGCCGGAAAACACCGACUUGGAUGAGCACGCGCGGUUGGUUCAGGAAUGCCUCGUUCGAUUUCUGAAAUCUCUCGAGCCCCUCGUAUCACAGAGCUUCAGCAUGGGAUCGUCAAGAAUCUUGGCCAACUUUCUUGCCCUGUGCAUAUUCAGCAUGGUCCGGACUCUUCUCCUGGACCUGGCCCCGCCAGCUUACCACUUUGUGGCCCAGCAGCAGGCAGCGCCCGCGAGGGGGGAUGGGGACCAGGCCGCGCACGGCACCUACAAGGCUUUUGUCAAGCUUUUCUCCUCCUGUUGCCCCAUGCUGGAGGACAUCUCGCACAAGAGCUUGACGGACCAGGAAACAUCCCUCUACGUCGCCGUCAACCGUUUUCUCCAACGGCAAGCCUGGGAAGAGCAGGGGAUCGGCUCGAGUGUCGACUUUUUGUUCAAACUAGGCGACGAGUACGUCGGAGAGAGGUCCAGGUUUAUGGGCUUUCUUCGGCAGCGUCGACCGAAUGGCUCCAUUACAUGGGAACCCUCGUUCGCGCCGCUGCUUCAGGGACCUCGACGCUCGGUGCCGACAAUAUCCAGCCUGUCCGGUCUUCAACCGUGGCGCCCUGGCACACAAGACGACGCCGCAAUACUGCACAGGAAAGACCCCAGUUUAGGAGCCUCAUCCGAGAUUGACCACGAGCGAGGGCGGAGGCACACGGUGGGCGAACCUCCUGCUUACGCACGGCCGCCCGAGUCCUUUCUUCAGUCCCCAGACUCGCCCUCUAGGUUCCGUGUUCCGUAUCCGAGACCACCGGUCCGACGUGUCUAUUGUGAAAAGUGCAACGAAUACCCAGAGGGAUUCCGCGGCGAGCAUGAGCUGAGGCGCCACACGGAGGCCAAACAUUCGGCCAUGGCGAGACGCUGGGUGUGCUGCGAGCCGGACAACGGCAAGGACCUCUCCAUCCAACCCGUCGUCGCGCUCUCCACCUGCAAGGCCUGCAUGGGGCAGAAGCAGUAUGGCGCCUACUACAACGCCGCGGCGCAUCUCCGCCGGGCUCACUUUCACCCCCACCGCGGCGGCAAGGCCAGCGGCGACUGGCCGCCUAUGUCAGUCCUUAAGGACUGGAUGAAGGAGGUGCGGCAGCCCCUGGAUGGAGGAGACAAUUGCGACAGCGGCGGCGAAGAGGAGGACAUGGAUCCAAUAGGCGAGUCGUCGUCGUCGUCGACCGGCCAGCCCGGCGUUGAAUCCUCCCUGCAACGGUCGUUUCUAAUCUCCCCCCAUCGAGAGCCCUGGCAUCGAGAGGCGGCAGCGAGCCAAGCGUGCCCGCAGGCGCUGCCCGAGAAUCGCAGCCAGUGUCCACACCCCGACUGCGGCCGCAUCGUCAAGGACCUCGCCGCGCACAUGCUCACGCACCAGGAGGAGCGGCCGGAAAAGUGCCCCAUUGCGUCGUGCGAGUACCACACCAAGGGCUUCGCCCGCAAGUACGACAAGAACCGCCACGCCCUAACGCACUACCGCGGUACCAUGGUCUGCCCCUUUUGCCCCGGCAUGGGCUCCCCAUACGAAAAGGCCUUUGGCCGCGCCGACGUCUUCAAGCGGCACCUCGCGGCCGCGCACAACGUAGAGCAGACGCCCCCAAACAGCCGCGCCGGCGGCAGGCUGCUCGGCCUCUUGCCGGAACCCCCGGAGCAUCACCACGGCGGCGGGGGUGGCGGCGCGGCGGCGCGGUGCUCCAUCUGCGGCGGCCGCUUCGCAGGGGCGCAGGAGUUCUACGAGCACCUCGACGAGUGCGUGCUCAGCGUCAUCAUCCCCGCUGGGUCGCUUGCUGCUGCUGCUGCGGCGGCGGCGGCGGCGGCGCAACAGCCGGAGCAACAUAGUGAGGGCGCCGCCGCCGCCAGGGAGAGGGCGGGACCGCCCGGCGGCUGCAUGGAGGAUAGAGUGAAGGCCGCGCCGCCGGCUGCGUCGAACAAUGGCGUGCGGUGUUUUGACCAUGAUACCCGGAAAGGAGUUGUUGGUGCGGAGAGGGGGGCCGUGUUCGCCCCGAAUCCCGCGGCGGCCGUCCCGGCGACUACAACGGCAUAG